CUGGAUAGAGUCUAUGCAUGUACGCAAAAACACACAACAAGUAGCAACAGACAAUUCUGGGACAGGAUCGAGUGUAGACCGGUGCGACUUUACUUAGCACACAACCUCAAGAUAUCAGUCUUAAAAGAGACAUGUGUGACAAGAUUGACCUGGAAGAAACGGCAACCCAGACGGGUCCCAAGGGAGUCAUCAAUGACUGGAGAAGGUUUAAGUUGGAGAGCAUGGAGCAGGACAACCUGCCACCUGCCAAGCGGGAACUGCUCAGGCAAAUGUCAUCUCCUCAUCGGAAAAAGGACGACUCGAGGGUAAAUCUUAAUCGCAAGAUGAGUGUGCAAGAGUAUGAACUGCUGAAGGAGGAGGAUGAGGGCUGUCUCAAGAAAUACAGAAAGCGCUGCAUGCAGGAGAUGCAUGAUAAGCUCAGUUUCGGGCCAAAGUUUGAAGGCGUGCACGACCUGGACAGCGGGGAGGCCUUCCUUGAAGUCAUUGAGAAGGAACAUCACAGCACAGUUGUCGUAGUCCACAUUUACAAGAUUGGAGUCAAAGGCUGUGAAGAGCUCAACAACUGCCUCGACUGUCUGGCAGCAGAUUAUCCCACCGUUAAGUUCUGCAGGAUUGAUGCGGUUUCCUCAGGUGCUGCCGAGAGAUUCUCAGAUGAGGUGUUGCCUACGCUUUUGGUCUACAAGGCAGGGGAACUCCUGGGGAACUUCUUGGCUUGCACUCAGCACUUAAAUGAGGAGUUCUUUGCGACGGAUGUUGAGGCUUUCCUCAACAGCUACGGUUUGUUGCCAGAGAAAGAAAUGCCCAUGAUGGAUGAUGAAGAGGAAAAUGACGUGGAGUAAACAAUCAUAUGUGGCUGCUGAAGAGGGAGAAAAAAAAUUGUCUGGUGGGUUGUAUAUAGAGCUUCACAAGGAUAAUUGGAUGUCAUGCAAUUUGGCUAAAUCCCUGAUUGUGAAAAGGAUGUUCAACAUAACAUUGGUGAAGGAUUUUCAGGCAUGGCUGCACUCAAAUAUGGUUGGGGUUAAUUGUGGAAGACUUAAUUUGUGUUUCAAUAAUAAAAGUACCAUCACCAAAACAAACCAUGUCACUCUAACUUUAACCAAUGUGGUCAUGCUUUCUUUUUGUAACGUAGAACAUUUGAUGUACCACAUUUCUUGCUGAGGUUGAAAGUCUUUUAGCACCUGAAUGGAUCCAUUUAUACUGUAAGAGCUAUGUAAAUUCUUUCGCAAGCGGUUUUUCGAGAUACUUGAUCUUACCAAAGAAGUCUGCAUGUGUAAAAUGUUGUAAACAGACCUGGAUAAAUAACAAGUGAAUCUCUUUGAAUGUACAGUAUGUUGUGUAUACAGUCCACCAUUUAGUAAAAAUAAAAAAAAUGAUCUGUGUAAUCAUCUUACUAAGUUUUGUUA